AUGAUGACACGCUUCCCCGUCGCGGGCCUUGUGCUGUGCGCCAACGUCAUAAUCCCGAUUGCAAUUCUCAUCUUUGCUCGUGGGUUCUUUCCAUACAAGCCGUUCAUCCCAGGACUGGCACAGUAUGAGAAGCUCGAGUUUGACGAGGUGCCGAGCGCGCCGUUUGACCGGCUCAUCUUCAUGGUCGUGGAUGCGCUGAGGAGCGAUUUUGUUUUUGCAGAAGAGUCCGGCUUCAAGUACACACAGAGCUUGAUAAGAACCGGAUCUGCGAUCCCAUUUACGGCGUACGCUAGGUCACCCACGGUCACUAUGCCUCGACUCAAGGCAAUCACCACCGGGUCGAUCCCUUCCUUUCUUGAUGCUAUUCUUAACGUUGAUGAAGGGGACACUACGUCUAGUCUGGCGGCGCAAGACACCUGGCUUGCCCAAAUGAAGGCCAAAGGCACUGGGAAUCUUGUUCUUUACGGAGACGACACCUGGCUGAAACUGUUUCCCGAGACCUUUGACCGCCACGAUGGGACUUCAAGCUUCUUCGUCGCUGACUUUACCGAGGUUGACCAUAACGUGACCCGAAAUGUCGCGGGUGAGCUCAAGAACGUGGACUGGAACACGAUGAUCCUACACUAUCUCGGCCUGGACCACAUUGGGCACAAAUCUGGACCCCGAAGCUCCAAUAUGUUCCCCAAGCAGCAGGAGAUGGAUGGCAUUGUCGAGACCUUUGCGGAGCUGGCUUCUGUUUCGACGUACGAAGACAUCAGUCCUCAAUGGAUUGACAAGAUUACCGAGGUAAGGGGCCUCAUGCGCCAGCGUUCCUACCAAUUCCCUUCGACCCCGGCAUCGUACAAGCUUGCGGCGGUUAACAUUGCGAUUUUCUUUAGGCAUACUACCCUUGAGAACUGCGCCCGAUUUUUGACGGCUAUGGCGGCUACGAGGCUGGUGCGAGGCUGGAACCAGACCGGCCAAAAAUUCGCGGGCGAGCCAGACAUAGUCAAGUCUUUCAUGACAACAUAUCCUAGGUUCCUUUGGCUUAUUGUCAUGAUAUCGUAUAUCUGGCUGCAAGGGCGGUUAAUGCGCCGUCUGAACCAGAUUGCGCCCAUCUGGGUUUCUGUCCCAUCCGUGGUCGCCCUGAUGUGGGCCGCAUUUAGCUUCAAGCUUGCGUUCACGAACGAAGACUCGCCCGAGUUGGUCGUCAGCCCCAUGUCGGACCUCCAUGCCAUCAUGCCUGGCCUUGCCCUCAUCACCCGCGCUCGUCUUGUCUUCGCCAGCGCUACGGCGAUCACAGCUUAUGCCCUGUUCAUCAACCUUCGGGGCGGUCGUGGGGCUAAACCUGGCUUUGAACUUCUUCACUAUCUCUAUACCGUCAUUGCCCUCACGCAGUCCCGUGUAACUAACAUUCCGCUUUUCCUCCUCCACGGCGUGCAAUUCCGCUUUCUCCAAUCCACGCCCCUCUCCGUCGCAGACAUUGCCGUCUCCUCGCUUCUCCUUCAGCACAUGUCCUACUUUGCCUUUGGUGGCACCAACGCCAUGUCCUCUGUAGACCUCUCGAGCGCCUAUAAUGGAGUGAGCGAUUUCAACGCCGUUGCCGUUGGCGUCCUCACCUUUGUGAGCAACUGGGCUGCUCCCAUUUACUGGAGCUUCGCAACAGCCCGGCUGCUUCUCCAGAAUGGAGACAAGUCUCGAGCCCCUCUCAAGAAGCGGGUAGGUGAGCUGCAAAAGAAGGGCGUAGACGAAGUAGAGGAUGAGGAUGAGACGAUUAGUCCGUUAACGAGAUACCUCGCUUUCCUCACUGCCUUCGUAUCCUGGAGCGUGCUUUUCGUCAUGGUCGCGUGCACAGUCCUGAGGACGCACUUGUUCAUAUGGACCGUGUUCUCGCCAAAAUACUUGUAUUGCAUCGCGUGGGGACUAGGCCAACAUCUCGGUGUCAAUGUCACUUUGGGAAGCCUGCUCUUCUGGCUUGGCACUCGCAGCCGAGGCCACUAA